GGCAACUCGUGUGUGCGCUGGCAGUCCCCAAUUCAGAUCGAUGUUAUAGGCGCGACCAUGAACUGAACAUGGGAUGUGUUUUAUUCAGUUCGGUAACAGAGAGCGACAUGCUUUAGAGCUUUAGACACAUUUGCAUUGCUUCUUCUCCACGGACCGGCUGUGCAUCGCUGGAUGAGCAUUGAACAUUCAAGCUGACCAUUGUUAUAUGGAAUAGUGCACGUGUGGUAUUAUAAACACACACAGAAAAAUAUAUUUAUGCGCUAUAUUUACAUAGAGUGCCUCAUCUGGCUUUCCUAAGUUUCUUUUUUUACUUUUUUUAUCUUUUCUAAUUAUUUAUUACACCCAUAUAUUCGUGGGGAUAGCCUACCAUCGGAAAAUGAGUGAACAGAGUAUAUGUCAAGCCCGAGCUUCGGUGAUGAUCUAUGAUGACACCAGCAAAAAAUGGGUGCCAGUUAAACCGGGCCAGCAGGGUUUCAGCCGCAUCAACAUCUACCACAACACUGUCAACAACAGCUUCCGCGUUGUGGGAGUCAAACUGCAGGACCAGCAGGUCGUUAUAAACUACUCCAUUGUGAAAGGUCUGAAAUAUAACCAGGCCACUCCAACUUUCCACCAGUGGCGUGAUGCACGGCAAGUUUAUGGGCUGAACUUUGCCAGCAAAGAGGAGGCCACCACUUUCUCCAAUGCCAUGCUCUUUGCUCUCAAUGUGCUGAGCUCUCAGGAUGCAGGUCCAGCACCACAUCGUCAGAAUGGACCGGUGACAGAUGAUGCAGAGGCUCAGAGGAGGCAAAUAAUGGACCAGCAUCAGAUGCAGAUGGAGAGGGAGCGGCGAACAUCUGGCUCUGCAGUCUCCACCCUUCAGUUUAAAGUGUCUGCAUCUGCCUCUCAGUCCGAACCCCCUCUGCAUGACCUCAGACAAUAUCGGGCUAACACUCUUCCCCCUUCCUAUGCUCACCUUAUCACAAUGGCACCUUCCCAUGACGCCUCCUAUUCCUCUCAGGAGCGGGAGAGUGGCUAUCACACCAUGGACUCCCCACAAAUAAAAGCACAGCAGCUUUCCCAGCUUUCAACUUCUCUGGCUUCUGCUUUCUCUCCUGUGCAACCGGGGGUCACCCCUUCACCACGCAACAUCAAGCAAAUUCCUCUUUCCCCUCCAAAUGCCCCCCACCACCAGGAGCCAGCCCUAGCUUCCAAACAUGCUACUUGGUCCUCCGCCCACAUGCGUGCCCCAUUACCCACUGCAUCGUCACCCGUUGUCAUGGCUGUACCAGUCAAACUGCCCUGCCCUCAACCAAUCCUACCUGUCGCCCUCCCCCUGCUGCCCCACAACAAUGGUCCUACCUGUGGCCCUAAAGCACAUACAUACAUUUCCCACUUGGAACCUGUAACAUACCCACAGCAGUCCUCCAAUGGCCAGCGGGAAGAAUACUACCCUUACCAGACCCCUCCAGCCCAGUUCACCUCUGGAGCUCCACUGCAUCCACAAUUUCCAAUACAAGAAUCAUCCUGCCCCCUGUCCCCUCUCGUUGGCCAGCCUUUCCAAGGCCAGGCCCACCACCCACAGCAACUUUACCAGGCCACGCCCCCAUUAGAAACCACAGCCACCUCUCACACCACUCUAUCUGAAGGGGCCACGCCCAAGACGUCUCCCUCACCUGUUUAUCAGAAUGCUCCUGCACCCACCAGUUCUCCCGUCCCUCCCUCCAUGCUCUCAUCCACCCCUCCGAUUCAUCCUCCUACCUCAGCAUCCAUGGUAGGUCCGCCAGCCCCUCCACCCCCUCCUGGGCCUCCUCCACCGGUGCUGCCACCUCCUGUUACAGCUCCCCCUCCCGCCCCACCUCCACUGCCGGCUGGUGGAGGAGCUGCUCCGUCAGGGCUGGCAGCAGCUCUAGCUGGUGCCAAACUGCGCAAAGUGCAGAGGCCUGAGGAAAGUGGUAGCAAGAACGAUGCCAACCGCUCUAGUGGAGGAAGUGGAGGAGGUGGAGAAGGUCUCAUGCAGGAGAUGAAUGCCCUUUUAGCACGGAGGAGAAAGGCCUCAGAGAAACCAGAGGACAGUCAAAAUGAUGAGUCCAACGGGUCGCCUUCAUCUGCCUCACGUGGUGUAGGCCCACAAAAUUCAGCAGAUCCUGUGAAGAAGCUAUGGGAGAGAGCAAACUCUGCGGAUAAGUCCUCAGCUGUGUCAAGGGCAAAACCUAUUGGAAGCACCAGUGAUGCUGAGUCAAUUGAUUUUGACAGAAUGAAACAGGAAAUCUUGGAAGAGGUUGUGCGGGAGUUGCAGAAAGUAAAAGAAGAAAUAAUUGAUGCCAUUAGACGGGAACUGCUAAGAAUUGGUUCCACAUAGUCUUCUGAAAUGUCAAAGACAAGGACUGACGAUGACUGAAGGUUCGGGGACGUACAGAAAAAGCGCACUAGAAAAAGAUCUUGCAGCAUGUCUGCAACAUUAUGGAAAAUUUGCUAUUCGGUUGCAAAAAUGUUGUGCAGAAACAAGACAUUACUGAGAAAGAAAAGGGAAGGCAAAGACACGAAAGGGAGUGAGUGAGUGAUUGUGUGAAUGGAUGAGUGAAUGAACAAGCAGAUGGAAAUAAAGACCUUCACACUGAAUUUUCUAUUUUCUCCGGAAUGAACGUUGAGACAGUCCACUGUGCAGCUUGCUGCUCUCGCUCUUUCAAGUCUUACAGUCAACAAGUUUGAAAAUUAAUGAAGAUAUUUUUGUUUUCUAAGUUUGUACUGUUUUAUUGAUUCAUUCGUUAUUGUUAUUAUUGUAUUAUAUUAAAUAAGAGAGAUACAAAGUUGCACGACAGUUAUUGCCAGCCUUUUUAUAUUUUAUAUUACUAUUCUUAUUCUUUGGGUUUCAGUUUUAAAGUAGAGCGCACAAUUGUGCUUAACUGCAGCAAUUUACUGCAGAAUUGCAUUUAUUUGGAUUUUUUUGGCCAAUGCAGAA